AUGGCAAGAAAAUUGAAGGGGAAAUCCAAUUCAAAAGGGUUGAAAGCUGCAUUAGCUCAACAUAAGAUGCAAGAUGGUUUGAUUCAACAACAAAGAAAGAAACAACUGAAUGCGGAUAGACAAAAGGCUCAGAAAUCCAAGAAGACUAUGAGACAAGCUGCUGCUCAGAAACAACGCGAAGCAUCGGUGAUUCCAUUUCAAUCUGAUGAAACUUUACUAUUGAUAGGUGAAGGUGAUUUCUCAUUUGCUAGAUCUAUUGUUGAACAAGGUUAUAUGAAACCUGAAAAUUUAAUUGCAACAAGUUAUGAUGCGUCAAUUACAGAAUUGAAUUUGAAAUAUCCUAAUACUUUUCAAGAUAAUUAUGAUUUUUUGAUUGAAGAAGGUGUGAAGAUAUUAUUUCAAACUGAUGCUACUAAAUUAGUACGAUCAAUGAAAAUUUCAAAACAUACACCAUGGACAAAGAUUAUGGGACCAGAGUGGAGAAACAAAUAUUUAAAUAAUAUUAUGUUUAAUUUCCCACACACAGGGAAAGGUAUUAAAGAUCAAGACAGAAAUAUAAGAGACCAUCAAGAAUUAGUAUUUGGAUAUUUUGAUAGCAGUAAGCAACUAUUUUCUUUAGUCAACUCUCAUAUUAAAGGUACAAAAAACAAUCAUACUCUUGGUUAUAAUUUAGAAAAGACAGGUAAGAAUGCUAAUCCAGAUGGUAUUUCAGCAGAAGGUUAUGGGAAGACCCUACUAUCUGUAUUUGCUGGUGAACCUUACGAUUCAUGGCAAAUCAAGGCAUUAGCCAAAGAUAAUGGGUUAAUGCUAGAUAGUUCCAGUAAAUUUGCAUGGGAGAAUUAUCCUCAAUAUCAUCAUAAGAGAACUAACAGUGAACAAAAUACUACAAAACCGGCACACGAAAGAGAGGCAAGAACAUACAUUUUUAAGAAAUUUGAAAGAAAGAGAAAUAAUAGGCAAAAUAAUAGAGGUGAAGUUAGUGACGAAGAAUAA